CUUUGUUAACUUGUGGUUUUUCAAGUAGGUACGUUAGUUGCAAAAAACGAUUCGUUGAUUAAGUUGAAAACAGUACAAAAGUUAGCUGUUGCUUGUCGUGUGUGUUAUUUUUUCGAAAAAGUUUCAAUAAUUGAUAUUUAUGAGCAGCGCAAGAUGGACAAAGAAAUAAUAGAGGAAACCGAAAUCGAGAGAAGCGAGAUACCCACUGCAGAAGAGAGCCUCAUCAGCCUAGAAAAGAUGGACAGAGCUUCUCCGGACUUGUGGCCUGAGCAUGCCAUGACAAAGUUCGUCACGCAAAAUAACUCCUCGCCUCAAAUCGAGACUCCCUUAUGGUCUACCAAUUUCACAGCUGAGGAUCUUAAUCACCUGCAUCAGUUAGGAAAUUUGACUGUGCACGAACUAGUUGCUGAAGUUAAGAAGCUUCACGACACAGCCUAUCAAUUGGGCUUGGAGGAGGCAAAGGAAAUGACAAGGGGGAAAUUCUUGAAUAUAUUCAAACAAGAGAGUAAGGAAUGACUUGAACAUACUUUUAUUCUUAUUAACAACGAAACUAUGAACUUAUUCUUGUUAAUAUGGACGAUUUGUACAUGUGUAAACGAUUGUGCUUACCAUAAUAAGUUCCAUUGAAAUUUAAAAACUCAGAACUCAUAAUUUCGAUGCUACUAAUAAGGAAUGGUAUAUUGUUACGGAAUCACGUUUUCCUGUAAAAAUUUAUCUUGUCAGGUACAAUUGUAAAUUGUUGGUUUUGAUGAGGUACUUUCAGUAAAAUCGUUUUUUAAGAACUCUGAAAUGUGCUGGUUCUUUUAAGGAGUGUUAGUGUGUUGAUGUAUAUUAUUUUAGUAAAGUGAUUAAAGAAAAUAUUUAGAAAAGUGAGAUACAGUAACUAGCAAAAAAUAAA